GGGACAAUGCUGACCCGGCUGAAAGCAAAAUCAGAGGGGAAGCUUGCAAAACAGAUUUGCAAAGUUGUGUUGGAUCAUUUUGAAAAACAGUAUUCCAAAGAACUUGGAGAUGCCUGGAAUACAGUAAGGAUAUUGUCUUCUGAUACAGAACAAAUCACCCAAGAUUCAUUGGGAUUCCAAGAGAAAUCAGAUAUCUUGGCAGUGUGACCACCAUGAAUAAACAACAAUGCUGGUGGCCCAUCUUCUGCAUCUUCUGGGGGUUGUUCCUCUCCAAUUUUACUUAAAUCCCAGACAUUGAUUCUGUGAUCAGUACCACUGGAAGCCAGAAUAGCCUCAUUGUGAGGUGACCACUGAACCUGGAAUAUUUCAUCCUUAUGUGACUCAAAGGAAUGUGACAUAAGUUUCAGAUUUUUCAGAUCCCACAAGGCAACAGUCUUAUCAGCUGAUCCUGUGGCAAGAAUGAACUCAGUGUAAGGAUUGAAAGGCAGUUCACUUCAGCAGUGUGAGCGUCAGCUGAGUGUCUUGGUUUGGAAGUAUUAUUUGAACGGGUAUCCCAAAUCAUAAGUUUCUGAUUAUCAGCAACUGACACAAACAGAGACUCAUGGAGCAGAUGCCAGGAAACAUCUUCUACUACUGCUGUAUGCCCUGUAAAGAUGGUCUUCACAUCCACCACUUUUCCCUCCUUUGGAAUGGCACUGAUGUCCCACAGGCAGAUGGUGUGAUCAUCAGAAGCACCAAGAAGAUACUGACAUCUCCAUCAUGCUGGCAAUAUGCUGUCCUGCUUAACCGAUUCAAUUAUCCUUUUGAACUGGAAAAGGAUUUACAUUUGAAGGGUUAUCACACACUCUUUCAGGGAUCUUUACCCAACUAUCCUAAAUCAAUGAAGUGCUACCUUAGCAGAACUCCGGGCCGAAUCCCUUCAGAAAGACACCAAAUUGGAAACCUGAAAAAAUAUUAUCUCCUAAAUGCUGCUUCCCUUCUCCCAGUAUUGGCUCUGGAAUUAAGGGAUGGGGAGAAGGUUCUGGAUCUGUGUGCUGCUCCUGGAGGCAAAUCAAUAGCUCUGCUGCAGUGUGCUUGUCCAGGUUAUCUUCAUUGUAAUGAAUAUGAUAGUCUGAGAUUGAAGUGGCUGAGGCAGACGUUAGAAUCUUUCAUCCCACAGCCUUUGAUAAAUGUAAUUGAAGUGUCCGAAUUGGAUGGCAGAAAAAUGGGAGAUGCCCAGCCUGAAAUGUUUGACAAGGUGUUAGUGGAUGCUCCGUGUUCAAAUGAUCGAAGCUGGUUGUUUUCUUCUGACUCUCAGAAGGCAUCCUGUAGGAUAAGUCAAAGGAGGAAUUUGCCUCUUCUGCAGAUAGCGCUCUUAAGGUUCUCUGAAGGUCAGAUUCAUUCACCUGUAGUUUCUAGAAGCUUCUUGAUUGUAACCACUGUGGGCAUUGAUGAACAGCCAAAACAGCACCUUGCAAGGAUGGUGAGAUAUCAAUUACUUUUAAUUACUCCCUAGCUCUCUCCCUUAAUUACCUACUAUGUUAGCUGGAAUUUAUUGCAGAGUAAUAAUCGUGAUGUUUUACAUUUACAUAGUCCCUUUCUCCAAAGCAUUUUACAGGUAUUACCUCACUAUUAUUAUGAAAAUUAAAAAUGUUGAAAAUACUGCCAUGAAUAAGGAAAGUAUAAAGUGGCUAUGUUCACAUUUUUCAGAUGGAACAUUUUCUAAAGAGAGUUCACAGUAACAGCCAAAUCUGAGGAAGCCUUAUAAUAACCUUUCCCUGUCUACAUUUCGUUUUAUUAUACGUGGUUCCCAUGUUUGCUUACUGAUUAAAAAUAUUUUCUCAUAUAAAAUGAAAAUAUCACAACACAUUAAAUAAUGAUCCCACCAGGAGUGCAAUAUGUUUCCCACCCUAAAAUUUAAGUAAUGGGCCUUACGUUUUUUUUUAAGUAAGAAACCCUUGCAUAGUAGCAAAAUAUUUUGAAAAUGCCAAAGAGGUAGUAAUUACGUUUUUAAGUCCAUUGAUUGGACAAUAAAUAAUUAGAAAAUUGACUAUGAAUUAUGCUAGAAUAUUUAUAAUUUCACCCAUUAUCCUAAAAAAUACUAUCAGAUAAGCGAGGGUAGGCUCUCAUCAACCUCAUUCUAUAAAUACAAGACUAUUAGACACUCAGUCUACAUUCAACAUGCUUAUAUCCAUAUUGCUUCAGACCUUGUAACCCUAUUGCUUCUUAGAGGCCUGUUUCCCAAUAUUAGAAAAAACUGGUCUAAGUUUUAAAGCCAGUGUUUUCAGGAAUCAUUGUUCAUAUACAAAAUAAUUAUGUUGAACUCAAAAAGAGGAAUUGAAGAACAUCAUUCAGCAUUCAAGAGUUCCUCAGUGGUUGGCGAGCUACCCUUCAGGGUUAAAACUACUUAUACAUUGAAACAAUGAAAUUUACAUGCUUGAGAGGUUUUCUUUCCCCUUAUCUUGUCUGUUAGAAUUAAUAAGUUAGAAGCAUUCAGCUCAGAAUAGAGGCUUGAUUGCAUGUCUUCUGCUAAGGAUCUGAGACGUGAGGAGACUGCAGUUUGAGACCCUUACAGAGUAAGCACCUUUUGGAUCUGAAACUGCCUUGCAUUGUUUCCCUCUUUAUUUCUAAUUGUUUGUAUUUAAAUACAUCCUAUUGUUUACAAAGCUACUGAAAGUUAUAAGGUUUUGAUGUCCAGGCUAAAGAUGGUAAUGAAAUCUAAGUACUUGGUUUCUAAUUUUUGUUAUUUGAGUAGUAAAUUAUGGCACACAAAAUAAAAAAGCAUUAGGAUUAUCUUCUUUAGAAUUUUGUUUAGUGGUCUUCACUUUCUAGUUGUUAUAGAUAAUCCCAGAAAACAAGCCAAGUUUGGAAAAAGGCAAUGGAAUUUUGAUUAUGAGGCAUUUAUUCUUAAUUCUAGUUUAGCUUUUACCUUAUAUUGCUUUGAAAUGCAAUUAGAAUUACCAUAAACAACAAAAAUAAAUUUGUGUGGCAUCUUCCUUUUAAGGAAAUUUAGAGGUAAAAAGCAGUAUUUUGUUUAUUGGGUAGGAUAUUGAGAAGGAAAUCCUAAAUCAGUGAUUGCCUCUGUAUCAGUUACUUGAUUGUAUGAAUUAUCUCUCAUAACUUCCCCACUUACAGAAUGAGGUUAAUUAUAGCUACCCUCAUUUAUCUCAUAGGAUAUUUUAGGAGAAUGGAUGGAAUAAUAAAUAUGCCAGUUUAUCUAAAGUGAAGUAUUUAAAAUACAAAUUAUUUUAGCAUAGGAAUAUACUAAAUUUACUCUAUAUUACAUAGUACUAAAAUGUAUAGGAGUAUACUAUGGGAGAGGAAAUUAUUUAAAACUAAACAUUUACUGUAAAAGAAAAAUCCUCAGAAUUGGAUAGAAAGAGAGUAAGUAGAUAGGGGUGGAGGGAGAAAUAGGAAGGAUAAGAUGAUUCCAAGAAGAAAAAGAGUUUAAAAUCUCUGCGUUGUUGUUUAAUUGGAGAGAACUCUGAUAUUGGGUUUGGGCUUUCAGGAUGACAGGAAAGAGCAGAUAGAGAGGCAACCAGAUAUCCGUGUGGUCUGUGGAAUUCUGAAGGGAGCAGAGCAGACAGUACUGGCAUUUAAAGUGAACAUCUCUAAAGUUGAAGCUAUUGGCUGCCCCAUAAAUUAGCUUCUGCUCAGUUGCUUCUCCUGUCUUUCAGUGAGAUGAUUCUUCUAUUCUUAAGGCCAGGUGUGAAAGUUAGUUAUUCUCUUUUCUUCUUCCUUCACAUCUAACAAGUCUUCCUACUUUAUCAACAUUUUUUCCCCACAAUGUUGCUUCCAACUCUCUUGCCUUUUAGAUAGCGAAAGUAGACAGACAAAUUCCAGGCAGACAAAGGUGAUUCCCCAGUAGGGCUCGACCUUCAACCUGUGGAAUGAACUGCCAGUUCCGGAUAGAGUCUAUAACCGGAGUGAGAACUAUCCCCGUCUUACCCACUUUCUCUCAGUUGGUUCCUUCUGGAUGAUGUUUUUUAACGAUCAAAUAGUGCUUUUUCAAGACCACCCAUGGACCAAUCAGCACAUAAUCCCCCAUUCUAAGCCCAUAAAAACCCCAGACUCAGACUCACAGAUGGCUACCCACCUUGGGUCCCCUCUCAUUGUCAAGAGCUUUUCUGUUGAUCAAUAAAAUUCUACUCUGCCUUGCUUACUCUCCAGUGUCUGCAAACCUCAUUCCUCUUGGUUUCAGUACCAAAACCCGGAACCUGCCAAAUGGUGGGAGUGAAAAGAGCUAUAACACUCUCUCUCGUGGAACUAUAGGAGUGAAAAAAGCCACUGGGUGCUGCUCCUUUCUGCCUGAUGAACAAAAGGGCUUGUAACAGUCUUUCCCACUUGCUGAACUACGGGAGUGGAAAAGCUGCUGGACACCACUCCCUUCCACUCACCAAACUAUGGGAAUAAAAAAGCAGUGACAUUUUCAUCCUCAAUGCCACCACUAUGACCUGGUGCUCCUCAUCUUCUAACAGGUGUCCAGGGCUCUGUUUUUUUCCUUCUUCUGAUAUAGACAGCAUACAACAGAUCAAUCACUCCCCUUAAAGAUUUAAUUUCAUGAGUUCAGCUUCUCCUCAGAAAUCUUUAACGAAUCCUCUGUUGCUACUAAAUGAUCCUUUAGUCUACUUUGCUUGAAAUUGCUAAAAUCUUGUCUGAAGCUACUUUUUCAAAUUCACCAUGUCUUAACAUGUGUACUGUACUCUAAUCAGAUUGACUUCACACAAUCUCCCUUAUAUUCUGUGCUUAAUCUUUACUCAGAGGCUUUAUUCCAGCUAUUGUCUCCAUCUGGAAUUUUCUCAACUCUCUACAUUAUCUCCAAUUCGGUCAGUCCUUCAAGUUUCUCCUUAAAUUCUGACACUGGUGUGCUGGAUCCUGAAUCGAGUAUCCCCAUCUUUCCCCAACUCUAUAUUCAGUGACAUCUCAUUAGUACCUUGAAAUCAGCCAUGGUGGGAAUAUUUGCACAAUAGCAAUUGGCAAACAAUAAAAAAAAUCAGUCCUUCCUUCCUGACCAGAACCAGUUUUUCAAUGAGCACACCACUGCUAUUCCCUCUAAAUCUUCUUUGACAGUUCACACAAACUUACUUUUUACAUCAUGCAUUUGUGUACUUCUUUGUGUACCAAAAUAAAUAUUUUUUUAAAACAUUGUCUAACCUGUUGUUUGACUUUACAACCUGAUUGUCUUCUGAAGUUCACUGGCCAAGUCCUGUAUUUUCUUGUUACCCUUCUCAACCUCAAGAAAAAUGCUUACUGAAUGAAAACUGAGGUGUUCAGUAUACAACUCUUUUGAUUUUCUGGCUUUCAAGAUUAUUUGAAAAUUCAGAAAUCAUGUCAAUAUUUUUUCUCUUUCUAUGCAUUCACUGCCUAGUAUAAUGUCUCACUGAUCCUAUGUACCCAAAACAUUUUAUUUGAAUCAUCUCUGUAUGCUUGUGGUGGGUGGUAAAUAAUACUAAGUUUUUUUACAUGUCAGUAAAGAGCCAUACUAAGGCUCUUUGGUUUUAAUUUACAUUUUCCUCCAAAUAUAAACCAAAUUGAAUUGACUCUUCUACUCUAAGGUCAGAUGUGAGAGUUAAUAAUCUUAGAAUUUUAACACAAUAUCUUUGAUGUUGAUUAGAAUCUGUGUCCAUAGAUAUAAUUGGAAUGCCAAGAUGUGAGUAAAGGUUCCAACUAGCUAAUAUGUGUUGGGUGUUUACUAUGUGCCAAACACUAAACUUUUAAAAUAUAUUUUCUCAUUUAAUCCUAAUACCAACUUUCUGAGGUGGUUACCAUUAAUGCAGUCAUUUUACAAAUGAAGAAAUUGGCUCUGGCACAGUUACAUGUCUAUACCCGAUGGCACCAUAGAGUGACUCCAAACCAUUUUGAUUCUAGAACAGUCAUCUUAAUGACUUUACACCUUAAUUCCACAUACAAACAGCACUCUAAUGUUAGGACUGUGUUACAUUUUUAAUGUUUGCCUAUGCCACGUCAGGAAAACUAAUAAUUAGACUUUGAAUUUUUCCAGCCAGGCUCUUAAUGCUUGUUUUAAUGAGUGAAGUUUCAUUUUCAGGCCAUUCUAUCAUUUUAUUUUAAAGAGAGAAAAUGUUGUUGAUUAAGACAUCAUUUAUGAGCUAGUAAAAAUGACUCUUUAGUGAGGGCUUACUUUGUGCCUAAUGCUAUUCCAGAUAGUCUGGGAAUUAAGGGGGUGGAGAGAAAGAUUCUCUAUCUUUCUUCAAAGUCCUAUAAAAUAGGACAAAUGGCAAUGAACACAUAUGGGACAAAGAGAAAACAAUUAGAUGAUAAUUUCUGUGAUACUAACUGAAAGAAUUUAAAAGUUAGGAAAUAUCAGGAAAGGUUGAAAAUCGGUACAAUUUUAAGGAAGAAGUGGGAGUGGAAGAUUGAAGGUUGGUUUUGUAUAGGGAGAGAUGAGAGGUAUAGUAAGGAGGAAAAACAAGUAAAUGUACUGAGGCAGAAAAUGAACAUGAUAUAUUGGAGACAAUCAUUUCAGAGGCUCUGAAAUCUCUGAAUAUUGGGUUUUGAUCCCCUCGACUCUCAAUAUCAUUGGUACAAAGCAUAGAACUUCAAGGUCAUGACUUAGUUUAUCCAGAACAAACAGCUGCCUUGCUGACAAGGAAAGUCAAAUUACAUGCAGUGUUCACAUUUUUAUUUUGUUACACCGGAGGCAUCCAGCUCCUCAUAACAUCCAUUUUCCUCUCCCUGCUCCUUGAUCUUUCCAUGGUGCCUGGCAACAACAGGAAGCACUGGAGCUUUCGGCUGGGAGACUGUGCUGCAGGCUUGAGAAUGUUAUUUUUGAACCUGUUCCUGUCCCUUUUUUUGCAAACUCAAUUCAUUACCUUGGAGUCUGUGAUCUCACACCAGAGAGACCGUCAUUGUCUCCACAAUGUUUUUAGUCAUUUUCCCGUGUGAUUCAGCGGGCGCCUAACUGCCCUUCUGCUGUCCUCACAUUUGUCUUGUUUUGCCUCUUAGACAACUGUCCCAAGUUCAUGCUCAGACUUGGUUAAAGGCAGUAAGUGCUUCUCUACCCAGCCUAUGCAGUUUUUUCUCUGUUUCUGGCACAUUAUUGGAUAAACAAAUGUCCUAAUCUAAUUUACAGUGACAGGCUUUUAUUACAGUGUUCCUUUCUUGGAGCCAAAAUAGAAGCACAUGCCUCAAUCAAGAAAGGGUUGCUUUCUUGUCUAGAAACUUCCCAAAAGAUUUGCUUAUUCAGAGACCUCCUACUUUUUUUCCUCCUUGACCUCCUUGGCUGCCUGCAAGUUUUUUUCAGAUUAGUGAGUUGUCUUUCUUAUUAGCACUGUGAGAGACUGGAAGAAUAAUGCAGCAAUAAUUUGUCCUCCUUCCCCCUCAUUUACAAGCAUCUCCCUUUCCUUUCUGGCAAAUUUAAUUCCUCCAGUAACCCGGCCAUAGCCAUGGCCAGCACUCUUUCCUACGUCUCUGCUUUCCUGUCUUCCAUGUUUCUCUUGGAUAAUAACUGCUUAUCAGCCUUUGGUUGGAUUUUCUCCCAAGUUUCCAAUACUGAAUUUGUCCGGAUAAUAUAUCUGAGUCAAUAUCUUCAAAACUUUUAUCCUAAGAGAUAAGUGUAUUCAUGUUUUAACACGCUCUCAAGAUUCUUCAUCAUAGAGGUUUCCUCUAUUUGCCAGAUGUAGCAGGUUCUUUUGUUCUGAGUGAGGCUUUCCAAUCCUAGUUCAUAGCAGCUAAAUGUCGGGAUAGAUUUCCUUACGUGUGAAGCCUGUGUCACCCCUACAAAGCUUGUAGCAAACUUCGCAGUUGCUGCUUUACUCACUCUUGAAUAAUUCUUCCCUAGACAACCACUUCCAGCAUCCCUGGGAAAUUAAUCACAUGACCUUCCAUUUCUGUAUGUCACAGAGACACAUACAACGAGACAUACAGAGGUGGGUAGAGAGGGGUGCAUGGAUAAUUGAUUUUUUUGUUCUCAGCAACAAAAUUAGAAACUCUCUUGUAGACUCUUUCUGCAUCUGUGCUGGGUAAUUACACUCCGAGAAUUCUUCUUCCUUGGGGGCGAGCUUAGCAGUGAGAUUGUCUGGUGGAGGUUCAUGCCGAUUUUACCCUUUGUUGCCUUAUUUCUUGGAUUUCAAGUAUAGUCAAAAGUGUGUGUAGUCUCUACCUUCAUCAUUUCUAAACAACAGGACAAAUAAGCAGGGACAGAGACACUUUUUUUCUUCUUCUUUUGUUUUGUUUUUUUUUUUUUGAGAUGAGAGUCUUACUAAGUC